AUGACAACUGUGCAAAUUGUGGUCACGAAAGAUAUGAACAUCACGUUAACAAACAGACUUCGAGGUCUGAUUGAGGAGACACCAGCCGAUGACCUCCCUGAGUCGUCCCUGCUGAAACCCACAGUGCUGAUCACCAUCCUCGCUCGCAACACACAGCACAGCCUCCCUCACUUCCUGGGAUGCAUCGACCGACUGGACUAUCCAAAGGAGCGAAUCGCCAUCUGGGCGGCGUGUGACCACAGUGUGGACAACAGCACAGUCAUCCUGCAGGAGUGGCUCAGACGAGUCCAGCACAUGUACCACUCAGUGGACUGGAGACCAGCAGAACAACCAAGCUCUUAUGCAGACGAGCAGGGUCCAAAGCACUGGAGCGACUCUCGCUUCAUCCAUGUGAUGAAGCUAAGGCAGGCGGCGCUCGGAACUGCCAGACGACUGUGGACUGACUACAUACUGUUUGUGGACAGUGACAACUUGCUGACAAACCGCCACGUGCUGUCUGACAUGAUGGAGGAGAAUCGAACGAUUGUUGCUCCCAUGUUGGAAUCAAGAAGUCUGUACUCCAACUUCUGGUGUGGCAUGACUCCUCAGGGAUACUACAGGCGAACCCCUGAGUACAUCCCCAUCUGUAAGUGGGAGAGACGGGGCUGCUUUGCAGUUCCCAUGGUGCACUCCACCUACCUGCUGGACUUGAGGCGCAGAGCCAGUGGAGCACUGACCUUCCACCCUCCUCACCCUGAGUACCACUAUCAUGUAGACGACAUCAUGGCCUUUGCUUUCUCUGCCAAGCAAGCAGGCGUCCAGAUGUACUUGUGCAACAGGGACCAUUAUGGAUAUUUACCAGAGCCCCUCACGCAAGAUCAGACCCUGGAGGAGGAAGAGGAGAGUUUUACCCACACGCUGACAGAGGCACUGAUUGACUUCACCAUGGAGCCUUCCCAGUACGUUCACACCGCAUCUAAAGAACCAGGAAAGAUGGGGUUUGAUGAGAUCUUUCUGAUCAAUCUGAAACGUCGCUCGGACCGACGGGACAGGAUGUUGAGUUCUCUGGCCGUCCUCGGCAUCAAUGCCACACUGACAGAGGCCGUGGAUGGCAAAGCCUUGAACUCCUCUCAGCUGCAGGCCAUGGGCAUCGACAUGCUGCCCGGGUACAAAGACCCGUACUCAGAGCGUGUGCUGACCAGAGGAGAGAUCGGCUGCUUCCUCAGUCACUACAACAUCUGGAAGCAGGUGGUGCAGCAGAAACUGCAGCGUGUGCUUCUGCUGGAGGAUGAUGUGAGAUUUGAGGCCAGAUUUCGAAGCAGGCUGGUCGCCAUUAUGGAAAAUGUGAUGACAGUGGGACUGGACUGGGACCUGAUUUAUGUGGGUCGCAAGCGGCUGCAAGUGAAGGAGCCAGAGAGCUGGGUGGAGGGAGUGAGUAACCUCGUGCACCCUGGUUACUCCUACUGGACUCUGGGUUACGUCCUGUCCCUGCAGGGGGCCCAAAAGCUCCUGCAGUCCAAGCCUCUGCACAAAAUGCUUCCUGUGGAUGAGUUCCUACCCAUCAUGUUCGACAAACACCCAAAUGAGUACAAGCAGCAUUUUGAGCGGAGGGAGCUGAGAGCGUUUUCCGUGGAGCCUCUCUUGCUCUUCCCCACACACUACACAGGAGAGCCCGGCUACCUCAGCGACACCGAGACGUCCACCAUCUGGGACGACGAGGCAGUGGAGACAGACUGGGACAGGGACGGGGCCAAACACAGGCGUGAGCCGGAAGCGCAGGGGCCUGGGUUUCGACAUGUGGCUUCUCAACCUGCUCGUGGUGGCGGGCCUCCCCUCGCUGCCAGUGGAAACCGAGAUGAACUCUGA